AUGGCCGCCUUUUUCAGAAAACGCGCCCUCGACGAGAAACACCCCGACUCCCCCCCUCCAGCAACCGCACCAGGCGCCCAAGAUGUCAGCAGCAGCGAGGAAGCCGGCAUGGUGGACGAGGGCGUGGAGGGCCCGGAUGAUUUGCAUCGCGGGAUGCGGCCUAGACAACUCAACAUGAUGGCCAUCGCAGGUGCAAUUGGCACUGGUCUCAUCAUCGGCACUGGCACAGCACUAAAGUUUGGUCCCGGCUCCCUCCUCAUCGGUUACGUCCUCAUGGGCUUCGUCGUCUACGUCGUCAUGGUCGCGCUCGGUGAAAUGGGUGCUUGGCUGCCGCACAAAAAGUCGUUUUCUGGGUAUGCGACGAGGUUUGUCGACCCGGCCAUGGGGUUUGCGACGGGGUGGAAUUACUUCUUUAAAUACGUGAUUGUGCUGCCGAAUAAUCUGACGGCGACGGGCAUCAUAUUGCAGUAUUGGGUCGAGGAUCUGAAUGUCAGUGUGUGGAUUGUGGUGUUUGGGGUGGUGAUUAUACUGCUGAAUCUGAUCCACGUACGAUUUUUUGGCGAAGCAGAAUUUUGGAUGUCGCUUGCUAAGGCGCUGGUAAUCAUUAUGCUGAUUCUGAUGUGCUUCAUUCUAUCUUUGGGCGGCAGUCCCUCGGGGUUCAGAUCAGGCUUUUGGUAUUGGACCGACCCGGGGGCAUUUGCUGAGUACAAUGUGCGCUGGAAGGAUGACUACUUCUACGUCCAUGGCUCGACCGGCAGAUUCUUGGGUGUCUGGGCUUGCAUCGUGCAGGCAACCUUUGCGUAUUUGGGCACUGAGCUGGUGGGUGUGGCCUUUGGCGAGACGCCUGACCCGAGAAAGAACGUGCCGAGGGCUGUGAACCAGACCUUGCUGAGAAUCGUCUUCUUCUACGUCGCCGGUGUGCUGGUCCUCGGGAUGGCCGUCCCGUACAACAGUCCCGAGUUGCUCAGGGCGACAAGGGAGAGGAUUGGCGGAUUGGCCUCCCCUUUUACCGUUGCAGCUCAACGUGCCGGUGUGGCCAAGCUCGCCGAUGCCGUCAACGGAAUGCUGCUAGUCUUCACGAUCAGUGCCGCCAACUCGGAUAUCUACCUCGCAUCACGCACUGUUUGGGCCCUGGCCAAGGACAGACAAGCACCAGAGAUUAUGGAGCGCACCAACAAGCGUGGCGUACCCAUUCCCGCAGUAGCCCUCUCCUCCAUCUUUAUUGCCCUCGGCUUCAUGAACGCCACCAAGGAUGCCGCGACAGUGUUUGGAUACUUUGUCUCGCUCGUCACCGUCUUUGGCGCUCUGAACUGGGUCGCCGUGUUGGUUAGCUACAUUUCCAUGAUCAGAGCCAUGAAGGUGCAAGGCAUCCCACGAGAGAUCAUGCCUUACCGCAACCCUCUCUUGCCAUGGGGCUCCUACAUUGCGCUCGGGGUUACCAUCUUGGUUAUUAUCUUUAGCGGGUACUCGGCCUUCAUCCCCCAGUUCCAGAUCGACAAGUUUAUGACGAGCUACAUCGGCAUUGUGGUGUAUCUGGUGAACAUUUUGGUAUGGAAGUUGCUCAAGAAGACCAAGAGGGUGAGGCCGGAAGAAAUGGAUCUCUUGACUGGGAGGAGAGCGUAA